CUACUAUAUAAAGGGUGAAACACCAGUGCUGGCGAUUUAGGGCGUAACAGAAGAAACAAGCCGUUGAAGAGGGCUCUCUAUUGUGGAGCGUAUUUUAUCCUAUUUUCAAUCGCUGUAAGUCCUGAGAUCGAACCUGAUAACUUCAAAUGGAUCGGUACCACAGAGUUGAGAAGCCAAGGGCCGAGACUCCAAUUGACGAGAAUGAAAUUCGGAUUACAAGCCAAGGACGGAUGCGCAACUAUAUCACAUAUGCCAUGACCCUACUUCAGGAAAAAGGAUCUAAUGAAAUUGUUUUCAAGGCUAUGGGAAGGGCUAUAAACAAGACUGUGACAAUUGUGGAAUUAAUCAAGAGGCGAAUUGUAGGUCUUCAUCAGAAUACCUCAAUUGGCUCCACAGACAUCACUGAUACAUGGGAGCCCUUGGAGGAAGGCCUUCUUCCAUUGGAAACAACAAGGCAUGUAUCGAUGAUUGUGAUUACCCUUUCGAAGAAGGAAUUAAAUACAUCCUCUGUGGGGUAUCAGCCUCCACUUCCUGCUGAGCUGGUGAAAACAUUUGUAGAGUAUGACUACGAGGGAGAAGGCUCUCCUCAUGAUCAGGGUCCAGGACGCGGCAGAGGUCGGGGCCGUAGUGGCAGAGGAAGGUCUAGGGGUAGAGGACCCCCAGGUAAUGGCUUUGUGGGUAAUGAAUAUGAUGAUGGAGAUUGGGACCGUAAUAGGGGUGGUAAUGGAAGAGGAAGGGUUCGAGGGAGGGGUGGUGGUAAUUUCCGUGGCCGUGGAAGAGGAGGAUACAAUGGACCUCAAUUUGAUUUACAGCAAGAUGGAGGAUACAAUCAAGACUUCCCACCCCAAGGCCGUGGGCGUGGGCGUGGAAGGGGCGGGUAUCGUGGAAGGGGACGUGGUUUCAGAACUAAUGGAGGACCGAUCCAGGCUGCUGCAUGAGAGAGAUGCUGAAAGGUUAAAAUCCUAAUUUUAUUCAACAUGAUGGAUGAGUCCUGUAAUGAAUGAUGUAUCAUUUGGGUUUUCGCCUCUUUUAGUUGCCGGUUGCAUAGGACAACUAUAUUAACAGUAGGAAUUUGGCCUUCUUUUUCCUUUUCUUUUGGAGUCGUAAUUAGAUGGAAUGGAAGUAAGUGUUUGGAAGAGCUGCCGCUAUGUGAGGGUGGCGACUCGUUUUCUUGUAGAUUUAGGUGAGCUGCUUGACGUUUGUAUUUUAUUGUUUAAAAAUUUCUUGGUCGGACAGUGUAUUCUUUUAUUUGAGUUUUUAGGAUCUUCUGGCGUCCUUCAACGCUCUCCUUUCAGUUCUCU